UUUAAUGUUAAUCAACGAGAACACUUAUAGUUUUCGUUUUACCUAUCAAAUAUUACAUGUGAUAGUUUGUAAUAAAGUCUUUAUUUUACUUUGUUAAAUAUUUUUAAUUUUAAGAAUGGAGGAUUCGUAUAUUAAUUCACUGAAUAAUUUGUGUAAUACUUAUGACUUAUUAGUUGAAAAAGGAAAGAAAAAUGAUGUGCUGUUGGUUGUUCAUGAAUCCUUUGCUACUACUGAACUUGAAAAAAUGAUUCAAUAUUUUUCUGAUAAAAUCAAUAUAAUAUAUAUCAAUCCAUUAAAAAUAAAUUCAAAUUUUGAUGGAGAGUUCAAUGUUAUUUUAUCUGGAUUUUUUGGACCUGAAAUUAAUGUCAUAAAUAAUUUUGAUUUAUUGGCUAAAUAUGUCAAACUGCUAUUAGCCGGUGGUCAAUUAUUUGUAAAAACUAAUGAAGCUUCAGAAGACCAAUUAAUAAAAUGUUUAAAAACUAGUGGAUUUCUAAAUGUUACAAAAAGUAAAAUUCCUGGUAUAAUUAUAGGCACGAAAGCAUUAUAUGAGGUUGGGUCUAUUGAUAAAGUUAAUCUUAAAAACAAUUUAAAUGAUGUAAUUUCUGCUUGGAAAGUAGACAAUGAUGAUGCUACAGAAACCAUAUCAGAAGAAGACUUAUUGGAAGCAGAUGAUUUAAAAAAACUAGACUCUGCAUCAUUGAAAGUAUGUGCUACAACUAAGAAACGUAAAGCCUGUAAAGAUUGUACUUGUGGAUUAGCUGAAGAACUUUCUACGGGCGAAACACAGAAUGAAUCCUCAAAAACCGAUACAGCAAAUGCAAAAUCUUCUUGUGGAAGUUGUUAUUUAGGUGAUGCAUUUCGAUGUGCUACCUGUCCAUAUUUAGGUAUGCCAGCUUUCAAACCAGGAGAAAAAGUUCAACUUGCUGGAAAUUUAUUGCAAGAUGAUUUUUAAUUAGUAUUUUAUAAUUACAUUAAUUUAUAAUCAUUUAUUGCAAAUAAAUAUAUUCCUAUAAUUAUAUUAGAACAUAAGGUGUCAGUGUAAUAAAAUAAAUACAGAAUAGCUUUAUUUAAU